AUGGGCAGUAAUCCGAGGCUGGAACAAGGCACACAAGAUCUCCGUCCCCCGAAAUUACCUAUCAAAAGAGCUCGAUCGGCUCCGACACUCAGAAGACUUCGUAACGAAGCUGAACGGAGCUGCCUAAUUCUGCUCGACUACGAAGAAGCUGUGAUCCAGUCCAACAUUCAGAAGAACCUUCGUUGCGCAUACCAACUACCCAAACCUGCGCAAGACCGCAUUAUCGCCAUGAUCCGACACCAGAAAGUCCUAUCGUGGCUAGGAAAUACCAAGUCUUCAGUUCUCUUCUUGAACGGACAUCAUAACUCACCGAGAGCCAUGGCUCAGAGUCCAACAUCAUUCUUUUGCGCUAAAUUGGCUUCCGCCAUACAGUCUAGCAGCGAAGUGUCGAAAGAGCCGUCUUUGCAUCCGCCCGUGAAGACUAUCGCGAUCUCUUUCUUUUCUGCUGAACACCUCGAUCCCAAAGAUCCUCAUCAAGGCGCACAGGGCGUUGUCAGAAGUCUUAUAGCCCAACUCUUGGUUUGCUAUAACGAAUUCGACAGCCAUCUCAUCAAACAGCUCCUCAAGUCCGAUCUAGAUCAUCUCAAACCGUUGUGCGCCACCCUAGAGAUCAUGAUCAACGAACUUCCCGAAGAAGUAGUGCUGACCUGCAUUAUCGAUGCUAUUACGAUGCAUGAGGACAGCGAGGCACGCUGCAAGAAGGUAGAGUAUGUUCUCGACACUCUGAUUGAGAUUGCAGAAUCAGACAAUGAACGGAAAUGUGUGUUCAAACUCUUGGUCACGUCGCCAAGGGUGUCCAGAAGGUAUAGCGCGAGGACUGGCGGUAAGGCAUGUGCGAGUGUGCUCACAAUGCCGGAAAAGGUGGCUUCUCAAGGAGCUUUUACGAUGACAAAGUGGGGCGACUAUAUGCAAGCUGGUCAAAAUGGGUACACUGGUUGA